CUGUGUUUACAGCUUACGGCCUAUAUAUUGUAAGUUGUAGCAAUAAGGUAAAGCUAAAAGUUCUUUUUAAAAUGGCUGUAAUUUAAAUUCUCGUUCGUGUAGAUAUUUAAUGCUUAAACAUGUGGAAAUAUGUAACGCGUCGUUUGAGGGAUACAAUUGAAAAAAGUGCUAAUCAUUUUGAUAUACGAAGUUCUGCUUUUAUUAAUACUCCGAAUGAGUUUUGUGACGAGAAUAAGAAGUAUAGUUCACCAUGCUGUUGGUUUAACCCGCGUAAAUGUUGGAGUUCCUACCAAAAUGAUGAUACAAAAAGUAAAAAGUGGAAUUUCGACCACUUAAACCACACUUGGAUAGGUGCCAUUACAUGGAGCAGUGCUUUGGUAUUCGGUUGGUAUGCUGGACAGCUAAUCCACCUCAAGAUUAAGAAUCAAGUUGCUAAUAAGAAGUAUCAACACACAAGUAUUAAUUCACUUCUUGCAUCCCUACAGCAUCUUAAACAUGCACAAAAGGCUAAUAAAUUAGACACAAUCUAUGAGAUAGCUGGUGAUAAUACAGUGGCACCUGUUCUUCAUUUGAUAUCAAAUGAUCCUAAAGGAGAAAACAAUACCGAUAGUAAUAAAAGUUCUGAUAGCUCUAGUAACGAUCUAGGAGAAGUUCUGAAUUCCAUUGAGAACAAAUUGGGCUUAGCAGCUAUUGAGAAUGGACAACAUAAAGAUGGAUUGAACUUGUUAAGGUCAGCUGCCAAUAGAAAUCAUCCUCCAGCCCUCUUCAAUCUGGGUUUGUGCUACGAGAUGGGAUUAGGAGUCAAAGUUGAUGAGAAAGUUGCUAUGGAAUUAUAUAGAUCUGCAGCCGCACUUCAUCAUCCUGGUGCCCUAUAUAAUCUUGGCAUCUAUUAUGGACAAGGCCGUGGAGGUCUAACAAAAGAUAUUCAUACAGCAACAAGGCUUUUACGACUAGCUGCUGUACAAGGUCAACAAGAUGCAAUUACGGCCUUGAACAAGCUAGAUGUUGACAUUAAGGAACCAUCAUCCCCACAAGAAAGGGGGUGUUGGACAAAGCAGUACAGUCCGUUAAUGGAAAAUGGAAUAAUCCCAACUUAUUCUUCACUCUUUGUUGACAAUGUAACUCCUAUGACAAGUUACAAUUAUGAACCUAUUGUUUACUGAUUUAAUAAUUACUCUACUAAUAUAGUGGUGGGAUGUUGUAUUUUUAUUUGAUUAAUAUGGUUUUUUAUAUU